GUGCCUCUAAGUUUCUACUAAGAGAUGUUAUCAUCGAAUCUUCUGUGCCCAGUUCAGAAACUCUGCCCAAAGAAAGUGAUCGAAAAUUUAAGUAACAAGGCUUACAUAAAAGCUGAAUUGGUAACAUGAAAAUUAUCUGUCCAGUAAAGGCAAAAUGAUUACAAUUAGGUAACUCAUUCUUCCACCUAUAGACAAAAUUAACUUUGCUAUCAGCAUGAAGGUCUUCUGACACUUUGAAACCUAAGGGCAGGGUUCAGGAAAGGAAGAGGUCACCGCUGACAACUGGGGUUCUUUAAACAAACACUCCAGAGGAAGGGCAAGGAUGCUGGAAGGUUACUAUUUUUCCAACAAUGACACAAGCCCUCCUCGGUAGAGGAAUCCUAGAGUCCUCAGGAUGAGGUCUGCCUGCACGUAGGGAGUGACUCCAGAAGAGUUUGGGUUGAGGACACUUUGUCACUCCAGAGGAAAAGGUUUACUAGAAGUGGCAUCUCCUUUGUGAGUCAGGUGUUGCUGGGAAAAUAAAAUGAUCUUUGGUUUAAAAUCUCCACACCUACACACCCCAGAAGAGAACCAGGAUUCUUGCUGAAGUAUUGGCACAGAUGAGCGGCACCACAGACCAGUUACACGCGGUGGAAAGAAAGGGCAGUGUCUGUCUUAGUCCUGACCCUGUGACCCUCGUGAAACAUAACUGCAUGGAUAUACAAGAAUGUGUUCUAGAAGAAAGAGAAUCAUCUCAGAAACCCAUUCACUCAUUAUCACCAGCCUCCACUGUGAAUAAAACAUUAAACGAAUCCCAGUCCAUGGUUCUAAAGAACCUAUUCACUAUACAUGGUCUAUAACUGAACAAAACACACAAACCCACAGGACUGAGGCAGCCUGUCACCCUUUGUAAAGUAAAGAGGGUACAAGUGUUACCCAGGUUCAAGGCCAAACGUGUUCCUAAAACAGAGAACAACAAUUUUUAUCUUUAAAAAUGUAAAUUAGUAUGUGUAUGUGUACGUGUAAAUAUAUUUCUGCACACACUUCUGAUUUUAGGACAAAAUCUUUACUCAAUUGAUUGAAAUGUAUUCACUUGGAGUACUACAACUGAAGAUUCCUGGGAAAAUUAGACUUCUAUUGCAAAAUUAAUAGUGUAGAUUGAUAUCUUCUUAGACCCCACAAAGAACACAUAAAUGAAAACUAAAAAAGAAAGUAAAAGUGUAGAGAAAUGUUUAGAAAAUGAAAAUGAUUAUGUUCUAUAUUUAAUGGCCAGAAGGAAUGCCAUCAGAGAACACAGAGUCCAAGGAUCCGCAGACUUGCAGCUCAGCCAGGCCGACAGCAUCUCCGAUUCAGCAUGGCCCCCCUGCUCUCUCUACUCACGGCCCUGCUGCUAUUCAACUAUGGUCCCAGUGGGUCUCUGGGCUGUGACCUGUCUCAGGACCACGUCGAGGUCAGCAAGGAGAACAUCGCGCUUCUGCACCGAAUGCAGAGAAUCAGCUCUUUCCGCUGUCGAAAGGACAGAAAGAACUUCGGAUUCCUACGGGAGAUGGUGGAUGGCAGCCACAUCCAGAAGGCUCAGGCCAUCUCUGUCCUCCAUGAGAUGCUCCAGGAGACCUCCAUCAUCUUUGGCUCAGAGCAGUCCUCAACAGCCUGGAACAUGACCCUGCUGCACGGGCUACUCAGUGGACUCCAUCGGCAGUUGGAAGACCUGGGCACCUGUUUGGUGCCACAGAUGAAAGAAGCGGAAUCUGCCCUGGGAAUGGAGGACCCAACAUUGGCUGUGAAGAGAUACUUUCAGGGCAUCCAUCUCUACCUCAAAGAGAAGCAAUACAGUGACUGUGCCUGGGAGAUCAUCAGAGUGGAAAUCAAGAGAGCCUUCUCUUUAUCAACAAACUUGCUAGAAAGGUUAGGAAACCAGGAUAGAGACCUGGGGUCUCUUUGAAAUGAUUCUCAAUGGUAUUUGUGCCAUAUCAUACUUGCACAUAUGUCAUCGGUCAUUUCCAAAGGGUCUUUCUGCUUUAGUCACAGAAAUUACUGAAGUUAAUUUAGCAAAUCUUUUUUUAGAGAAUUUAGCUAACCUAUGUUACAAAUUCAGCUCCUGGAGCAUCAGUCCCUAAGAGGUAUCUGCUUCUGUGACUGAUUGGUUCUUAUUUAUUUAUUUAUUUAUUUAUUUAUUUAUUUAUUUAUUGUUACUUUAUUGCAGUCUUUCUUGCUUUCUAUCAUAUUUGUAACAUUUAAAAGUCCGUGUAAUUACACGUUCAUCUUUACAUUGUUAAACUUCAUAAAACCUAUUUACCUUUCAAUGUUGUUUCCUUUUGCUUUAUUUAUUAAAUUUUUAUUAAAAACACUUCUUGGAUUUAUUUAUAAAA